AUGGAAUCCUCCACGGCUCCCUUGGAGUGGGAAAUUCUCACGCGAGGCGAUCCCGAUACUACAUUUGAGAGUCUCUAUGUCAUUACAGAGACUGCAAAAAUUGUCGAAAAAAUGGAAGGCCUAGUGGAGAGCAUUGUGUCGAAGGGGAAGAGAACGGAGGAGCAGUGGGAAGCUGCUAAGAAGAUAGACGAGGCGCACCAAAAGGAACUGCGAUUAGUUCUCGAAAAGGUCAAGCUGCUGUGUUCUCCAGGUGCUGAGUGGAGAGAGCCAGUUCCUGAGCAGCAUGUCCUACGAGAGGAAAAGGCUAAAGUGAAUGACAAGCGCGUCCUUCAUGUCCGCGGCACCGAAGCGAAAUGGAGGUUCAACUUCUUGCCUCAAGCUCUCAUCGACAACGACAUUUCCAAACUCGAAGAUGACAAAAGACGCCAGCGCUUCAAAGAGGUCGUCGAGGACGACCUACGAAACAACUUCUAUUUUCUACUUCCGGACCUCCUGGGCCUCUUUCUCUCAAAGCUCGGGGUCGCGCCGCCCCACGCCACAGUGGAGAAUUUCUACAUACCAAUCCUUGCGCUAUAUGCACGCUGGGCUGGUGUGAUGCUGGAAGGAGGCAGUACGCCUCUUUCCCAAGAAGACAUCGAAGAAUUUGAGCCCGAUCCGGAUUUCCCCACGGCAAGAGUAGUAGUCCGGUCUGACAAGCAGAAAUCGACACAACCAAACAUGUACCAGAUCACAUGGACGGAAGCAGAUAAGGCCUCUGGAGAGCCAAACUUGUUCUCGUUGGGCGCGUCGCUCGGUGGUUACUACGGUAGCCUCGGCACAAGGAACUUUGGCGGUCUUCUUCGAAAGGCGCGAUGGGACAUUUGCGAUAGAGACAAAGGAAUAGUCAACAUCGUGGCCCACUGGGACUUUACUGGGUAUUCCAAGACCAUGGAGUGGAAGUGGGCAAAGACCGGGGGAAGCAUAGACACCUUCCGAUACGGAAACUGUGCCGAGACGUACACCUUUCUCCAUAUGCUAUCACACCGCACUCCGCAAGAAAGGGCCAGGACAAAGGGCAUAGCCUUGAGUCCAAGAGGCACAACCCUGGAUUCUGACUUUGACAAGAAGUCAAAAGAUUUCAAAGUCGAAAGAGAAUACAAAUACGAGCAUAUUACUCAGCAAAGAAAGAAUAUCAAGGAGAAGAUCCGCGAUUUCUUUACAGGUCCUUGCGCAAACUGCACAUUCAUGGGGAGAAUUUACGAGGCCGACCUUAAACAGUUCGACCCAGUGGUCCAUUUGCCCUUCGAUAUCACAACAUAG